AUUGCCAAACUUCUGAACCCAAUCUCGAAUGAGAAAUUGGGUAUGACGGACCGGUGGCAGUACACAUGUGCACCUCUCAAUGCAGACGAUCCCGUCUGCAAUGACCAUAUGUUUCACUAUGUGAGCAAUUACUGUGAUAUGGAGGUGGUCCCGUAUCCUGCGGACGACAUGGCUGAAUUGGAAAAGUGCGCUAUUCCAACCGAUGCAACGGCGAUGAGCGCACUGUCUGACCGACACAUGCGUUUGGACUUGUACCUGUGGUUCAAUACCAAGCACGGUGACUUCUUCUUCCCCGAAAUCGAGAAGGUUACCGAAGCACGCAUCAUUUGUACACAGCUGAUUGAAGCGGGACUUUUCCAAAUGACAGCUACGAAUAUUGGCAACGUUGAUGGCGAUAAAGUGCCCGCGGUAGCACGACCAUCAUGGCUCAAAGAGCGCCAAGUGCAAGAUAUAUACGCUGGGGUGGCUGCCAUGCCAUCUAAGAAGAGUGAGCAAUCGGCUGUAGAGGCGGUGCGUGCUGGCGUGCACAAGUUUGUGCGCAGCCGAGCCGAGCAGAUGGCGUCAGGACAACAGGACCGGUCCGAAUUUGGAGAUAUCGUCAAUUCUAAGUUUUUCUAAGCUGAAUUGUUGCUUGAUCAGUAUCUAUAGUUAUAUCCAUUGAUAAUUGUUUAUAUAGUUCGAUUUUUAAAGGUUUGAAAGUAGAAUUGUAGAUGUUCGAAGGACUAAGGACUUAGGACUUGUAUGCGGGAUUGGGGUCGACGAAUGUAGACGUAUUGAAACUUGGGACUAGUUGGUGUUGGAAUGAUGCAAUAAAUUCAGCCGAGAUGAUAGCCUUCUGAAUGUCUAGUUUUUAGAAGGCUAUAUGAGUAUAAAUAUAUCAUCAAUUCCAA